AUGCAGACACAGGACCCAUCCCGCAGGCCCUCGGCUGUGCACUUCCUCACUGCCUUUCUGCAGGGCCGCCGGCACUCCACCUCUGACCCUGUCCUGAGGCUGCAGCAAGCCCGGCGUGGCUCUGGCUCUGCCACCAAGCUGCUGUCCUCAUCUUCCCUCCAGGUGAUGGUGGCUGUGUCUUCUGUCAACCGCACAGACGGGAGUCCCACUUUGCCGGAGAGAAAAAAAAGUUCAGAACGCCCAACACCAAAAUACACAAAGGUGGGCGAGCGUUUGCGGCACGUCAUCCCCGGACACAUGGCGUGCUCCAUGGCGUGUGGUGGGAGAGCGUGUAAAUAUGAGAACCCAGCCCGCUGGAGUGAGCAGGAACAAGCUAUUAAGGGCGUUUACUCAUCCUGGGUCACUGACAGCAUCCUGGCCAUGGCUCGCCCGUCCUCUGAGCUGCUGCAGAAAUAUCGCAUCAUCGAGCAGUUCCUCAGUCAUGGCAUAAAAACAAUAAUCAACCUUCAGCAUCCUGGUGAGCAUGCCAGCUGUGGGAACUCUCUGGAGCAAGAAAGUGGUUUCACUUACCUUCCUGAAGCUUUCAUGGAGGCUGGCAUUUAUUUCUACAACUUCGGGUGGAAGGAUUAUGGUGUGGCAUCUCUUACCUCCAUCUUAGACAUGGUAAAGGUGAUGACGUUUGCCUUACAGGAAGGAAAAGUAGCUGUCCACUGCCAUGCAGGGCUGGGACGAACAGGUGUUUUAAUUGCAUGUUAUUUAGUUUUUGCAACAAGAAUGACUGCUGACCAAGCAAUUAUAUUUGUGAGGGCAAAACGCCCCAAUUCCAUUCAGACCAGAGGACAGCUGCUCUGUGUCCGGGAAUUCACUCAGUUUCUGGCUCCACUCCGUAAUAUUUUCUCUUGCUGUGACCCCAAAGCACAUGCUGUUACCUUAGCCCAGUACCUGAUUCGCCAGCGCCAUCUGCUCCAUGGCUACGAAGCGCGACUUCUGAAGUACGUGCCAAAGAUCAUCCACCUAGUGUGCAAGCUGCUGCUUGACCUGGCUGAGAACAGGCCAGUAGUGGUGAGGAGCAUGGUAGAAGGACCUGAACUCUCCGCAGAGAUCGAAAAGACUGUGUCUGAGAUGGUCACGAUGCAACUAGAUCAAAAGUUACUGAGGCAGAACAGCGAUGUGCCUGACCCGUUCAACCCCACUGCAGUGGAGGCCGAGUUUGAGAACCAGGGUGUGAUUCUUUCCAAUGAGCCCGAGUUUGACCCCCUCUGGAAGAGGAGGAAUGCUGAGUGUCUUCAGCCUCUGACUCAUCUGAAAAGGCAGCUCAGCUACAGUGACUCAGAUUUAAAGAGAGUCAAAGCUAUCCUGGAGCAAGGGGAGACGCCUUGGACAGUGCCUGCAGAGGACUUGCAGGACCACAGCCUUCAUCAGAAGCCCACCAGCCCUUGUUACAUACCUCCGACUCCGGAGCUAGGUUUAGAGAAGGAUGCCUUGGUUCACAGUACAUUUUCUUUCUGGACUCAGUCAAAGUGUGGAGGCUUGGAAGGAUUCAACGAUGAUGGAUCACCACUCUUUUAUAAGAAGGACAUUCCAAAGGAAGUGCAGCGGAGCAGGACCUUCUCUGUGGGAAUUUCUUGUUCUGACAAUCCUGGAGAACCAGUGCCACCCAGCUUUGCUAGUCUCCACAAGGAUCCAGAGCAAAUCACGCACUGUGGGUGUGAAACUCCUGGUGGUUGCAUUCCAGGCAGCCUUCUCAACUGUGGCUCCAAUCCUAAGGCGCAGUUCCCCCCCAGACAGGAAACUCAAGACAGCACAUACCUGUCUGAGGCAAUGCCGUAUGCUGGCCUGCAGUCUGAACUGAGUGCCGACGCAAGGAGAAUACUGGCAGCCAAAGCCCUGGCAAACGUGAAGGAGUUUGUAGAAAAGGAUGAAGUGAAAAGAAAAGUGGAAAUGUGGCAGAAAGAGCUCAAUUCCCGAGAGGGAGCUUGGGAAAGGAUAUGUGGUGAGAGAGACCCUUUCAUCUUGUGCAGUUUGAUGUGGUCUUGGGUUGAGCAACUGAAAGAGCCUGUAAUCACCAAAGAGGAUGUGGACAUGUUGGUUGACAGACAAGCAGAUGCUGGUGACGCCCUGUUUUUACUAGAGAAGGGGCAGCACCAGACCAUCUUGUGUGUGCUGCACUGCAUAGUAAGCCUGCAGACGCUCCCUGUGGAAGUGGAGGAUGCUUGCCUUUCACACGCCGUCAAAGCUUUCACCAAGGUUAAUUUUGAUUCUGAAAAUGGACCAAUAGUUUACAACACCCUGAAGAAAAUAUUUAAGCACACAUUGGAAGAAAAGAGAAAAAUGGCAAAAGACAGCCCUAAGCCUGGCCUCUCCUGAAGCCUUCUUCUCUGGACAAGUAUCUGCCUAAGGGUCCAUCCCGCCAAAGGGUGGCACUUCUGUCCCCUCGUGGACGUGGCCUGCCGCACUGGCCUUCCUCGCCACACUCCAUUGUCAACGCUGUGUCUUUUGUGCUGAAAUGGUGGCUCUUCUUUUGGAGUAGUUAUUUAUUUUAAAAUAUCUUUGAGCUGUGUCUUGAAAAAUUGCCAUAAAGUUGGUGCCACUUUUAUUUAUUUACUGAAAUAAUAUUGUUGUGUUUGAAAUUUUAAGUAUGUUAUAUUUGUGUCCUUAUUCUUCUUGACAUUUUGGAGGAAAAAAAAAAACACAAUUCUUUCUUCUAAAACAAUUAUUUUCUUGACAGAACUCUUUCUGGAGUUUUUACCAAAUAGAUUAUUUUAGUAGUAAAACCUCACAAUGUAGCCCCCAAGAUAUAUAUAUGUACGCCCUCCCUCAGAGAUACGACCUAAGAAAGUCACCAAGUGUCUUAAAUGGUUUUAUAUUUGUUAACUAAAAAGGAUAUUAAUACAUUUUAAAGGAGUUUUAAAGACUUUGAGACUUUGUUUUCUUUUUUUACAGAUGUGGCAAAGGCUUUCAAAGUACAUUGUUUUUUUAGCAAUUCAGUUCACUGUAAUAGACUGACUGGAGUGGUUGGAAUUUUAUACUUUGUAGAAAGUAGCCUUGCUCUUGUCAGGCCUCCAGACAAUCUCUCCCUUGGCUGUCAGGGGAGGGAGCAGCUCAACCCAGAAGCCUUAUUCUGCUUCCCCAGCCUGCUGCUGAGCCAGUUCACUGCUUUACAGAAAAAAAUGGACCAGACAUGGCCAGUAUGGGCAGUUGCUAGGGAGCAGAACUGGCCUUUGUCCUCCCAGGAACUGCGCAGAAGGGACAGUAGUGCUGAGCGAAGGCUCCUUGCCGGCCCUGCUCUCUUGGGGGCGGUGUGGUCAUUCUGCACAGGAAGCUUAGAGCUGGAGUAAGUCAGGCAAGGCGCUGUCUGUUCCAGGGUCCCUGGCUUUGCUGCCUGGUCUGCGUCCCCACCCCCACCUCCAGCCCCAAAGCUGCCCUUUUACAAACCCACUUGCCGUGGCCUCUCACGCUAGCUGCUUUUUUGAUGUGAGGAUUAUAAUUUUUAAAUUGAAUUCAACCCCAUGUUCCAUUCACCCUAACUGGCUUCAAAUAAGAACAGAUGACUGCUCAAACUUUUCCUUCAGAUUAAACUAUUAGUCAGUAAUUGGGGCCUUAACUUAUUUAAAUUAAAUUAAUGUACAGGAGUAGCAGAACCCAUGCCAUAGUAGUUUUCUUUAGAAAGGUGAUAACUAGACCAAUCCAAACUAAAGAAGUCACUCUUUGAUUCUCAGAAGUUUAGAAAGAUGCAACAAAUGAAAUUUCUCUAAUUCAUGCAUUUCCAAAUUAUAGUCUAGUAUAUUAAAAACUCUUUUAAUCACUAGUCUCACCAACUCUGAUGGCCAAGGGUAAGUGCCAUUUUCUUCACUCUGAAAUUUCUUCCUGGGAAUGAGAUGUAAUAGUUGUUAAGGAGCCGGCUUACCCAGUGUUGAAAUACCUUCUUAAGUGCCUCAUGGGAGGCGCUUGCGUUCUGUCUCCUAUGCACACUCUAAAAGCUGAUGUUCAAGGACAAUGCUCGUCUUCAUCUCUAUCAGCCUUGAAUGGGCAAGUGACACCAUGGACACAACUUCGCCACCCUCCCUCGUCAAAGCCAGCUGUGCCUGUGCACCUGGAACACCUGUUUUAAGCUCUAGAAUAGUCCCGUGGUGACACCGCUUGCAUGUCAGCUCUGUGCAGGUGUUGUAUUUAUCUGAAUAAAAGUUAAAAGAACCAAC